AUUACUAAAUCAGUGUUAGCAAAUCCCUCCAACAAAAUGGCGUUCUUCGGAAAGAAAUGGCAGAAGAGCGACUUUGAAAAUGUCCUGGAGCUUAUGGACAAACUUGAGGUCCAAGAGAAGACCAGAGCUCUCCUCCGUCAGACCGAGAGCAUCUCCACUUUCCUGGACAACGGAGACGGCAGCAUCCAGUACGUGGUCACUGUUGGUGACAAGGAGGUGAUCAACCAGCGGAUCGUGCUAGGAGUGGAAAAGGAAUUCAAAACGCCCGAUGGCAUUGACACCAAGAACACGUUCACCCUGGAGGGAGAGACUCUCAAGUCUGUAAUGAAGUUCCCUGGUGGGAAGGUGCUGCAUUUGGACCGGGAGUUUGGAGCUGAUAAGAUGGUUCUGCAUGUCUGGUUGGAGGGUCUGGACCUCAAGGCUAACGUCACCUACCUUUCUGUUUAAGUUAAUAUCCGUCACUCAGUAGCUCGCACUUCCAAUACAAGUA